AUCAGCAGUCCACAGAGCCACAACAAAUACAGGGUACAACAUGUCAUCUGCAUCUUUCCAAGGAAUAGUACGCCCUUUUGUAAUUGCAGUUCUUUUACUGGGUUGUUUUGGGAUUUUAUUUUAUACUUAUUUCAAGAUGCCCACAAGCGAGCGGGCAAGUCCAGCACCUGCACCAAUGUUGAAAUACCAGAAUAAUGGUUCCAAUGAGGAACAAGAGGAUCAAGCCGAGAUUCCUGUUUCUAAAAAGGAAGAAGACCAGAAUAUUGUUUCCAAACAGGAUGAAGCGGAGAUUCCUGUUUCUAAAAAGGAUGAAGACCAGAAUAUUGUUUCCAAACAGGAAGAAGCGGAGAUUGCUGUUUCCAAAAAGGAAGAACACCAGACUAUUGUACUAAUCUGGAUGUGGCCAUUUGGCAGUGCCUUUGAUCUCAACUCCUGUAGUGCUCUGCUUAACAUUGAUGGCUGUCACCUAACAGCAGACCGAAACAUGUACAGCAAGUCAGAUGGGGUUAUCUUCCAUCACAGAGACAUUAGCUGGGAUUUAUCCAACAUACCACAAUCACAGCGCCCAUCAUUCCAAAAAUGGGUGUGGAUGAACCUAGAAUCCCCCACAAAUACAGGAAGGAAUCCUGCUCUCAAAAGCCUGUUCAAUUUGACGAUGAAUUACAGGCAGGAUGCUGAUAUUGUAAUGCGUUAUGCGACAAUUGUUAAAACUGAGGAGAAUAACUUCAAAAUACCAAGCAAAAACAAGUUGGUGUGCUGGAUUGUGAGCAACUGGAACCCAAGUUACAGAAGAGUGGCGUACUAUUAUGAGUUGAAGAGACACAUUGAUAUAAAUGUCUAUGGACGGGCCUUUGGAAGACCACUCAGAGGUGAAGACUUUGAUGCCACAAUUGCCAGCUGUAAAUUCUAUCUGUCAUUUGAGAACUCAAUCCACAAAGACUACAUCACUGAAAAACUGUACAACCCAAUGUCUGUUGGCACAGUGCCAAUUGUUCUCGGGCCAUCAAGACAGAACUAUGAGGACUUUGUCCCAGGUGAUUCCUUCAUACAUGUAGAUGAUUUUCCCUCCCCCCAAAAGCUUGCUGAGCACAUCCGGUUCUUAGACAAGAACGAAGACAUGUACCAACGAUACUUACAUUUUCGUAAACAAUUCGAAGUAAAGAAGUAUGAUCCAUUUCUCGUAGGCACAUGUCUUACCUGUAAUUAUAUUAGGGCACACUUCAAUGAAUACAAAGUUAUCCAUGACCUUAACACAUGGUUCUGGGGAUGAUAAAAAGCACAAUAUGUGGAAUUUGGUGAAAGCUGUCUUUUUACCACACACCACGGUUGUGGAGUGAAGAACGUCCAUUCCUCAUCUUUUUUCAUUAUUUUUGAAUGUCAAAAUAUUUAUAAAAAUGUGGCACACAAAAUAACUACCGGAGUUUAGCAUAAUUUAAGUUAAUUUGCAUAAUAUUAUUAAUUUGCCUCUUAUGUUGACAUGAGGGGUAUGUAAAAGUAUAGGAGGGGGAAAACUAUGUACUCAUGGAUGGAAUAUAUAAUGUGGUCAGGGAUGGUGAAUUAUUACGGAUCUGCAAGUGUCUGGAUCACAGAGGGGCCACCAGAUACUGGAUAGUUUCACAAGAUUGCCUUAUGUAUGCCAUACAUUGUAAUAGCACUUAGGUACAGUUAUUGUAGUACUUGAGGUAUUCUCUUCCAGGGUUCAAGUUGUAUCUAUGUGAUCAUGCUAGGACUCGGAACUGUACUGUCCUCUAGGGUCCUCAUCACAGUUGUCCCUGGGUUCGAUUUGCACUUCAUUGUACAUCGUUCUGGAUAAGAGCGUCUGCUAAAUGCCUGUAAUUUAAUGUAAUGUAAUAAGAUCAUGCACUGUCAUACAAAGCACCUUACUAUCACUAGAUUACUGGGAGUAUACUAUGCAGUUUCUCUUUUCCUAGAGGAGAGAGCGGUUUCUUAUUGGUGGGUCAGGGUGUCACAGACCUCUUCCUGCCCAGAACUGAAUUAGGAAAACUAAGAGAAUUGUGCAAUGUGGAAGGGUUGCUCAGGAUUACAUCUAAGGGAAGUCCAAAGAAACAUUUUUUUUUUUGUAAAUAUGUUUAUUUGCAAUAGCCAGCAUGUCAUCCUGUGGUCAGCAAUAGGCAUUCUACUCAUAUUAAUUCAUCAUGUGUUCAUCACUGACAUGUUGACUCACCCUGUGUUUAUAGUCCUUAAAUUUGUGUUUCAAAAUAUGCAGUUGACGGGCCGGCACUCUGUACCAAAACAUCGUAUAGCUGUCCAAUAAUUUCAUUGGUUGAAAAUUGCCACAGCAAAUGACGUUUCAACAUCAGCGUGUUCACAGAGAAGGGUUGGGAUAAACAGUGUUGUUGUUUGAGUGGGCUUGUUGCUGCAAUUCCUCCCUUGACCGUAAGUCUGAAAUUACCUAUUGUACCUUUAAUUUAUACCGCCAUUGGACAUAAUUAUAUCACCAGAUUUUUGAGUUCGGACGAUUUCAAAUUUUUUUCUCAAAAUACUAAUGCGGUGCCUAAUGUCCAGAGCAAUGUCUGAAUGCUAUUAACUCCCACCUUCCAGCAUACAAGCUAUGGCUUUGAUUAAAUGAUCGCGGCUGAUGGAAACACCCAAAGUCACUUCAGAAAAUGACUUAUCUGGUGCGUGACGUCACAGCGGGAACACACGCAGCUGUUGUAUACCUUUAUGUUGAAAAUAUUGUCAGCAUUGAAAUAUUUAUUUCUGAAUCAAAUGAAAUUUGCAAUAACUUGGAUGACUCGGAUUCUGAAGAGGCAAAAGAAGACAUAAUCGCUGAACCUGAUACGGCAAUACAUCCAUUCAGGUUUGAGCCAGAAGUAAUAUUACAUGGAUCGGAAUCAGAGGAGUUGGAGGAUUCCCACAACCGAAGUCCAUAUCGGCGAUACAGACUGGCCAACCUUUUAUUUUCACUAAUAUUGUUUUCUCUGUUUUGCUACACUGUCUAAUUGUAGUAUUCACGAUUAUAAAUAUAACAGCCCUUUAAAUACUUAUACAUACAAUUAUAUGAUGGCAUAGGCAAUGGGACACCUCACAUGUAGGGCAAGCUAACAUUAGCUUAUAGUUGGGCUAAGUUGCUAAUAAUAGCCAUCUUGUUGAUUAAUCAACUAUCCGGCAUUCAGGCAAGUUAGAUAAGUGGAGAUUCUUUCAUAACUUGACCCCGCAACUCCAAUGUUUCCAUUUAACAUUACAUGAAGAAAUAUCACUCCACACAUAAGCUACAUGUUGACUCAAGUGCUUUAUACAGCAUUGCAUCAAUUUAAUGAAGACAGUUUCACUAAGAUUUAGAGGCUAUGGUUAGCUGGAGGCUAGCUAUAGCGGCAGUUUUGACUGUCUUGCUGGCUAGCUAGCUAACUUUUAGUUAGCUUUGCAUUGGGGAUAACGUUACAGAAUAUCCAGCUGCAGGGUUACUCAGCUGGAUCAAGUAGGGAGCGGCCUGUAGCAUAGUGGAUAAGGUAAUUGACUGGGACGCGGAAGGUCGGUGGUUCAUGUGACCAUGCUCUAGCAGGUGUGUAUUAUAAAGGGGUGGGAAUGUUGUUCAAGAGAACAGGAUAAAUGCAAUGAAAAUACACUCUGUAUAGGAUGUUGGUGUUUAACCAGCUUGAUUCAGUCAUGGAGAGUAAAGGUAUUUAAAUUACCUACCCGGAAUUCAAAGAGAAACAGGUUCUAUUAUUGCUUGUAGGACAGACUGAUAGGUUGUUGAUAGGUUACAGACUUCAGGAAGUCAUGGCAUGCAAAGCAUAUGCAACCAAAUACAAAACAUGAUCAUUUUAUUUGACAUGAUGUUAAUUUGUCUUAAACAUUGAAAUCCAUGCAAUAAUUACUACAUAGUGGAACAUGUAGAACAUAGUGGAAUACGUACAAAAAUACACUUUAAUUAAUGCUGAGAAUCUACACUUUGACCACAUAUGAAUUGUUUGAUUACUAACAGAAAAUAAAAUAUGAAUAGGAAAAUGGUUUCACACCCACAUGUGAACACCCAAAUGUGAAAAUACACGUGAAAUGCAUGGAGUGUUCUGUGUUGGUUUGCAUUACCAUAAAUAACCCAAAUUUCGUCAAAUUAUCAGAUUGUCAUAUUACACCUUGUCCCGCUAAGCCACCGAGCAAUAUGCCGUCUUUGGAAUGUCAUGUUUAUUUACAUUAUUUUAAUAUCUUUUUCAUGGUGCAUGACUUUGCAAUCGGGGAAUUCCCUAGUCCGUUCCAAACCUCCUUCCCUGGGGCGCUAUGAUGGAGCACCUGGAUAUCCUGUCGUCCUACCUGUUCCAGUGUUCUUUCAUAUAUGAUCUGCAGACUUUCCCAUGGAGUGGUCUAAAUUCACCUACAUUAUCAUCUUGUUGGCUGGUAAAGCACGUAAAUGGUAAUGGUAAAUGGUUGGAAUUUAUAAAGCUCCUUCAUCCAAAGCGCUGCGCAAUUGAUGCUUCUCAUUCACCCUUUCAUACACACACUCGCAUACCAAUGAGGAUUGGCUGCCAUGCAAGGCACCAACCAGCUCAUCAGGAGCAUUUAGAGGUUAGGUGUCUUGCUCAGGGACACUUUGACACACCCAGGGCGGAAUCGAACUGGCAACCCUCCGACUGCUAGAGAUCUGCUCUUACCGCCUGAGCCAAUGUUGCCCCUGCACGUGAGUGCGGAACCACUUUUUGGGACUCUAAUACUGACAAAUGUAAUGACUCAGAAAUGGAAAAAGUUCUGACCAGGAGGCUGUGGCUCCUGGGAUUACAUCAAGGGAACAGUUCCGUCUCAGACUUUUCCAUUGAAUUCCGGACUUUGGCAGCCUUAUAUAGUAUACCCACAAACACCACUUUAUUACAUACACAUGUUCAGUAUCUGGCAGGCCUCCUUUCGCUGCCAGAAGAGCCUGAUUUUUUUGUAGAAUGGAUUCAAAAAGGUGCUUGAUUCUGAAGUUGACUUGUUGACUUGUUGACUUGAUUGUAUUUCCCUGGCUAAUCCAAAAAUAUAUUCUGAUCCUGACCACUGCUGCUUUCUUUUGUUUGUUGUUUUGUCUUAGCUGCUGUGCUUUAGCUGCUUUGUUGCCCUGUCCUGUAAAGUGUUAAAUGCAUCUGUCUCGUUUUUUUGUGUUUGUUAC